GGAACAAAUCAAUUUACAGUAGCUACGCUGCGCCUGACGAUACGUUCAGUCACGUUUUCUGUCUCUCCCGCACUUUGUAUCGCACAAUGUAGUCAUACUGACUAUGUAUAUACAUAUGUAUCGGGUAUAAAUGUAGAGUUGCGGUCGCAGCAGCAAGUCAAAACGCUCCCCCUCGUUAAUUUUUCGGCCAGAGAAGAAAAAUGGAUUACAAUAUUCACAAAAUCUGUCGCGUUUGCCUGGAGGAGGGCACUCCAGGACCGCUGACGUCCAUCUACAGCACAGACUUUGCCAUGAUGCCCUCUGUGAUGCUGAUGCAGUGCGCCAAGAUACGAGUCUAUAAGACAGAUGCUUUGCCGUCGGUUAUAUGCAAUAAUUGCAUCUACCGUCUGGGUGUAGCUUUCCACUUUAAGCAGCAAUGCGAAAACAGCGAUCUGAGAUUGCGUCAAUAUUUGGGUGUACUAGAGUCCUGGCGUCAGGAUGCAGCCACCAACACGGACUUUGUAGAGAAACCCAUAGCCCCGAGUCAUAUACUGAUCUCCAGUGAUGAGGAGGAGCCUGCGGACACUAAGACGAGCAAACGGCGCUCGCGUUAUCAGCGCAAGCCGCCCGAACAGCACAAGAAACGCGGACCAAAACCCCUGCCCAAGAUGCCACACACCUGCUACGAGUGUCACAAGAGCUUCAAGUGCAUUGCUCAGCUUACCCAGCACAUACGAACGCACACGGGAGAGAAACCGUAUCAGUGCGGCUAUUGCAUCCAGCGCUUUGCCCAGAAGUACAAUCUGAAGGUGCACGAACGUACCCACACGGGCGACAAACCCUUCCAAUGCGAGAUUUGCUCCAAACAGUUUUCAGCGUUGGGCAACUUUCAAGCGCAUCAAAAGAUCCACAUCGGUGUGAGGGAUCAGAUCUGCUCGCUGUGCCAGAAGGGCUUCUAUACGGCCGGUGAUCUGUCCAAGCACAUGAUAACCCACACUGGCAUCAAGAAUCAUCAUUGCGAUGUUUGUGGCAAAGCCUUCAGUCGGCGACGUGAUAUGCGAUCACACAAACUGAAGCUCCAUCCUUUGGAGUCCAGCACGGUCCACGAUAUUGUGGAUGAUGAUGAUGAUGAGGCCAUAGACACGGAUCCCGUGGGUCUGGAUACCCUCGACGAUGAUCAUGCCCACUUCAAGUGUCCCGACUGUGAUAAAGCCUUCGAUACUGCCGACAGUCUUAGCUUGCACUUCCGCACCCAUGCAGUGAACAACAACCUCCUGAAUCUACCCUUGCCGCCUGCUCCACCCAUGUCUCAUCACUACCAUCACCAUCAUCCGGCAGGGAGUGCACCGUCCUCGGCAGCCAUGCAUCAUCACGAUGCACUGCAUCAUCUGGGUCCACCAAAUGCAGCCACACAAAUGGGAAUGGCCGCCAUGGCUCACAUGUUAGCACCACCGCCGCCGCCACCACCCACGCCCAGUGAGGGACGCUACUCAAUGCUCCAUCACACGGCGGCCCAAAGGUUGCACUACUAAAUGGACGGCUUGGGGGUUU